UUCCGGUGUUCCCGCCUCACCCUGCCCACUCAGUUCCAUAAUGGCGCUGAUUUACUCGAGUCUCCGUGUUCUUCUGGGUCUGCUGUUCGCCGCAGCGGGUGCGGUGAAACUGACCGACAGGAUUUCGGAGGAGGUGUACGGACACAUGCGCUCCAAGUUCGUGCUGUUCUCCUCCGUGUUCCCCCUGCGCAUCAUGGGCCUGCAGCCUGACCCAGAGCUGUACCUGGCCCUCACAGGCUGGACCGAGCUCGUGGCCGGGCUUCUGCUGGCGUUUGGUCCCAGAAUCUUGCAGGAGAUCAGCAACCUGGUCCUCUCCGUGGUCAUGAUGGUGGCCAUAUUCACUCUGCUGAAGCUGAAGGAGCCUCUGCUUACCUGCUGCCUGGCAGCCCUCUUCCUGGGGCUCCUGCUGCUUCUGGCCAUCCAGGGCCGGGGCUCUAAGAGCAAGACACAGUGAUGCAAUGGGGGGGACCGGUCACGGUCAAGCCUGUGGUCCUGGAGGGCCGCAAUAACGAGGGACCAUGGAUGUCAAAAGACAUCAGCCUGGACAUUGGAUUUUGCUUCUCAGCAGCUACACAGUCACUAAUGGUGUUUUUAUUAAAGUUUUUUUUUUUUUUUUUUUUUCCCCCAAUUUUAAAUAUCACUUUUCAGUCUUAAUGCAAAACAUAAGGUAAAUGAGUUUUUCUGACCCUUUGAAGUCUUAUGUAUUGUGAUGUUUUCAUGGAGUUACAAUUCCACCACUUAGGAAAUGUUUUACUACUGGUUUAAAUAAAAUUAAACUUGUUAACA